ACGCAGUCUACUUAGAGCAAUCAUGGCGGACACCGGUAACGAAGAUCGUGUCCAGAAAAUGGAAGUGGACUACAGUUCUACAGUGGACGAGAAAGUCCCGAAAUGCGAAAAAUUGGCAAAGCAAGGAAAACUUAGUGAUGCAUUGGAAAUCCUUCUGGCAAUGGAAAAGCAAACCAGAACAGGUGCAGACACACAUUCCCUGAGCCGUGUGCUGGAGACCAUUGUGAGGCUGUGUUUUGAAACAAAGAACUGGGAUGCCCUCAAUGACAACAUUGUUCUUCUCACAAAGAAGAGAGGCCAAAUCAAACAGUCUGUGACUAAGAUGAUACAGGAAGCAUGCACCUAUGUAGAAAAGACCCCAAACCUUGACAUCAAGCUGAAACUCAUUGAUACCCUCCGGACAGUCACAGCUGGAAAGAUCUAUGUUGAAAUAGAGCGUGCGAGACUGACCCGAACCCUUGCUAAGAUCCGGGAGGAUGCUGGGAAGAUUUCAGAGGCGGCAGACAUUCUCCAGGAACUUCAGGUGGAGACAUUCGGUUCUAUGGAGAAGAAGGAAAAGGUUGAGUUUAUCCUGGAACAGAUGAGGCUGUGUCUCGCAAAGAAGGACUUCAUCCGCACCCAGAUCAUCAGCAAGAAAAUCAACACCAAGUUCUUUGAGGAUGCAGCUUCCACAGAGUUGAAGUUGAAGUUUUACCAGCUGAUGAUUGAGCUAGAUGAGCAUGAGGGAUCAUACCUGUCCAUUUGUCGCCACUACCGCGCCGUCUUCGAUACUCAGGAAAUCAAAGACAGUUCAGAAAAAGCAAAAGAGGCAUUGCGGUAUGUGAUCCUGUACCUCGUCCUGUCUCCCUUCGACAAUGAGCAAUCUGACAUGAUACACAGAGCGGAAGAAGAAAAAAUGAUUCAAGAAAUGCCCAAAUAUAAAGAUCUGUUGAAGUGUUUCAUCACCAACGAGAUCAUCCAGUGGAAGCUGUUCUGCCAGCAGUUCGAGGCUGAGCUCAAGUUUGGUUCCCCUGGCAACCCUGCCACACACGUGUUCAACACAAAACAGGAGGGUGGAGCAAAACGCUGGGCAGACCUCAAAAACAGGGUUGUAGAACAUAAUAUCCGCGUGAUGGCGAAGUACUAUACCAGGAUUCGCAUGAAGAGGAUGGGUGAACUUCUUGACCUUGCGGAUGCAGAAGUUGAGGAAUUUCUGUCCACCCUAGUGGUCAACAAGACUGUCCAGGCUAAGAUAGAUCGACUAGAAGGCAUUGUGAACUUCACAGAACAAAAGGACCCUAAUGACAUUCUAAAUGACUGGUCACACAACAUUAACACUCUCAUGCAGCUUGUGAAUAAAACUACACAUUUGAUAACAAAAGAAGAAAUGGUUCACAAGUUAGCAUAGCCAUAUAGGCGUGCCUUCACUUAGAAAAUUGAGUAACUGUCAUGUGUAAUUUGAGAUCUAAGUGGCUGUUACUGGAUUUAAAUUAGAAAUAUUAGAAAUAUAGAAAAUAUUUCUUGUACGUUGUUUACCAAGGAAGCACAUGGAAUUUGUUAGUUCUGUUCAUGUUUUGAAGGACCAUUGGUGCAUGGAUGGAUAAGUGUACUUGAAUCAAAUAAGUAGGUUGUCAAGUGAAUAUUUCAAACGUUGAGCUUCUGAUUUAAGCAAUUUCUCAUUGGUUGCUUUUCAUUUUGUAUGUUUAUUUAUGUAAAAUAUGUUUGCGUAUUUGUUAAUAUAAUUUCAUGCCACAAGAAGCACUAUUAGUGCUACCAUUGAUAUCUCUUACAAUAAAUUGACCUGUAAACUUU